AUGAACAAAAAGAAAACAUAUUUAAACAAAGAGACGAUAAAAAAGCGGAUAAAGUCGAACUCAAGUCAGUAUCACGAGAUCGACCCCAACUUGCGCCUGGUAGGAGGAGACAGGGAAUCAGAGGAGAGAUUAAAUAACAGACAGGUUGCUCGAUUUAUUGGGAAUACACAAAAUUACAAAAUGGACAUAGUCAACAGGAUAGUAGACGGCUAUUAUGACCUAAUGGACAACAAAAGUGAUCCGAGAGUGAAAGAUUGGUUCCUAAUGUCAUCGCCUUUCCCCACAUUAUGCAUCUGUCUCACAUACGUUUUCAUUGUAAAGGUAUUAGGACCCUAUUUCAUGAAAGACAGAAAACCCUUCGAUUUAACAAAAGUCCUGAUUUGGUACAACCUAAUCCAAGUUAUCUUCAGUGCCUGGCUGUUUUAUGAGAGUAUCGUCAGCGGUUGGUUCUGGUCACAUAGUUUCAGAUGUCAGCCAGUAGAUUAUUCAAGAAGUCCACACGCGAUGCGGACUGUCGCCGGUUGCUGGUGGUACUACUUCUCAAAGUUCACGGAAUUCUUCGAUACGUUCUUCUUCAUAUUAAGGAAGAAGUUUGAUCAUGUGUCGAAGCUUCAUGUGAUUCACCACGGAAUCAUGCCGAUGUCAGUCUGGUUCGGAGUCAAAUUCACACCAGGUGGCCACUCUACGUUCUUCGGAAUGCUGAACACGUUCGUGCACAUCGUUAUGUACUCUUACUACUUGUUGGCGGCCCUCGGUCCUAAGGUCCAGAAGUACCUCUGGUGGAAGAAGUACAUCACAGUCAUUCAGAUGAUCCAAUUCGUAUUGGUCUUCAUCCACGCCUUCCAACUGCUCUUCAUCGACUGCGACUACCCUCGGGCGUUCGUCUGGUGGAUCGGCAUGCACGCUGUUCUCUUCUACUACCUAUUCUCUGACUUCUACAAACAGGCGUACCUUAAGAAGGCUAAGAGAGCGAAAGCCGAGAAGCUGAUAGUGGAAUCCAAAGCGGAAUCAAAGGACAGAGUGUUGCCACUUCUGAACGGCUUCAGCAACGGGUCAGCACUCAAUGACGUGCGGCAGAGGAUGGCCGGCGCAGUGGCAUCACAAUAA